AUGAAAGAUAUAUUGAACACUAGCGUACUGUCUAAAAGGUGGAGCUACAUUUGGUAUCUAAUGAGAGAUUUUAAAUUUGAUAUGCUAAAUGUGCUUGGAAGUGAGGAGACAUUACUAGAAAAGGGAUAUAUUGUUGAUGUGACUGAGAAACGAUAUGAAUUUUCGGAUGCGAGUAGGAAUGAAUAUGUUAAAAUAGUUGAUCAAAUUAUCAAGAAUUUCAAAGGUACUGAGAUUGAUUCUUUUAUGGUGGAAUUCUCUAUGAAACAAGAAAAUAGUAGCACCAUUGAUCAAUGGAUCACUUUUGCAGUUUUAAGGGGAGUUAAAAGAAUUGAUCUUCUCUUUGGUUUUGAUUAUGAUGGAUAUUACAAGUUUCCUUUUGGCUUAUUUUCCAAGUUUGAUAAUUCAAAACUCAAGCAUAUGCAACUUAGAUAUUGUCUGGUUUAUCAAGAAACAAGCUUUGAAAUUUUACCACUCACAAAUUUGAGAUCUCUUAUACUUGAAGAUUCAAAGGUAGAUGAAAUCUUUCUCAAAACCUUGCUACAUGAUUGCCAUUUACUUGAAGAGCUCAGCUUAAUUCGUUGUGAUAUCAAUACAUCAAUCUUAAAUAUUGAAAGUUCAUCAUUAUGUCUUCUCAAGCUAGAGUUUUGCACGUUAAAAGGGUACAAUUUACACACAGAUCGGUUAUGGAUUAAUACUCCAGCUCUGAAGAGUAUUCACUUCCGCGCAUAUUGCACUAUAGAGGAGACAGCUAAAAUAUUUCCACUCAUUGCAACUCUUCCUCAGCUUGAGAUUCUGAAUUUAUAUAUUCCCAACACACCCGACUUUAUAAAUUAUCUCAACCGAGAAGAUUUCACACUAGAAAAUCUCAAAGAGUUGAAUUUGAUUUAUGGACCGAGAGAAUAUAACUUUGAUAUUUCGUGGCUUUCAAUCAUUCUUCAAGCUUCUCCUAUUCUACAAAAACUUUCAGUCAUGAUAACAAGUCCAAUGGUUUCUACUCACCUACCAGCAAUUCGAGAUGUUAGGACGUUUUCUCAUUGCGAGAUCAAAAUUAUUGAACUAGGGGGCUGUGUGGGUAACUUUUAUGAAAUUGAGAUCACCUUGAAUGCUUUGAAAUAUUUUCACAAACUUGAGCGAAUAGUUUUAAGUCCUUAUUGGAUAAAUGAAUUCUUGGAUCAAGGCUUGAAAUGCGAUCCAACAUGGUCUCAAAGUGGACGUGAAAGAAUCCUUGAAGAGCUUCAUGGUAAAGGGAUUGGACUAGACAAACUUGUACUCGUAUAA